CCAAUUUACCAAUUGAAAGGUAAUUAAAUUUCAGUUAAAGCUUCUGAUAAACGUUGAAAGUUCUCUCAAAAUUGCGACAAGCAACGUGUGUAUCAAGGAUCUUGAAUCAGGAUGCUGAGCAGACUGGGCCGGAGUGGUGGCACCGGCGUGCGCUCCUAUGCCAAGGACAUUCGCUUUGGAGCUGAGGCGCGCUGCCUGCUCAUGCAGGGCGUGAACGUUCUGGCCAACGCGGUGGCCACCACUCUGGGCCCGAAGGGCAGGAACGUGCUCAUCGAACAGCUGCUGAUAUCGCCGCGGAUCACCAAGGAUGGCGUCACGGUGGCCCACAACGUGCAGCUGAGGAAUCGCCGCCAGGAUAUGGGAGUUCAAUUGCUGCGCCAGGCCACCAACAAUACCAAUAACAAGGUGGGCGAUGGCACCACCACGGCCACCAUUCUGGCCCGUGGAAUAGCCUGCCAGGGAAUGCAUGUGCUGCGCCAGAGCCAGGUGAACGUGCAACUCCUGCGGGAGGGCAUUCUCGAGGGAUCGCGGACUGUCUGCAAAGCUCUAGGUGAGAUGUCCCAGUCGGUGGAUACCAUUGGGCAGGUGGAAGCCGUGGCCAAGGUGGCCCUGAAUGGAGACGAACGGCUGGCGGAGCUGAUUGGUGACGUCAUUUUGGAGCUGGGCGAAGACGGCGUCAUCCUGCUGAAGGAAUCCCACAGUCCCUUCGAUGAGGUCAAGAUCCAGGAGGGUGUAACCCUCGCCUCUGGCUACUGUUCGCCAUUCUUUGCCAAAAAAGGCGGUGCCCUGGAAUUGGAGAAUUGCUUGCUGCUGCUCACAUUGGCCAAGAUUGAUCAAGUGGAACAGAUCCUUCCCGCUCUGGAGUUGGCCAGACUGAAAGAACGUCCCCUUCUGAUAGUUGCCAAAAAUUUUGGCAGCGAUUUGCUUAAGAUCUUGGUGCUAAAUCAUCUGCAAGGUUUAGUUCAGGUCUGUGCAGUGAAGGCGCCCAGUUUUGGUGAGGAGCAGUGCGAGGAAAUGGAGGAUUUGGCUAUUGCUACGGGCGGGCAUCUCCUGGAGGACGCCUCCAGGCUGGCCGAUCUCAGCGAGGAGGAUCUGGGUGAAGUGUUGGAGGCGGUGGUGGACGCCAAGGAAACGCACCUAUUGCAACCGAUCAAUGUGAACGAGGAGCAGGUGCAGUGCCGCAUCCAGCACAUCCGUGAGCUGAUUGAAGAAGCUUUCACCGAUGAGGAGCUGGACCGGCUGAAAACUCGACUGGGACGCUUGCAGGGCCACCUGGCCACCAUUUUUGUGGGCGGCACCAGUGAUCUGGAGGUGAGCGAGCGAAAGGAUCGCUUCAACGAUGCCCUUCAUGCCGUUCGAGUGGCCAUAAGUGAAGGUGUGGUUCCCGGAGGAGGCACCGCCUAUCUACGCUGUAUUCCAGCUCUGGACGAGUUGCCCCCAACCGAGGUAAUGGAGCACCAGGUGGGCAGGGAGAUUGUGAAGGAUGCUCUACGACUGCCCUGCUAUACAAUCGCCCGCAAUGCUGGCGUGGACCCCAAUGUGGUUCUAGGUCGCGUUUUGGAGGGUAGUGGCAGCUACGGAUAUGAUGCCGCCGCCGGCGAAUUUGAGGAUCUCGUGCUCCGUGGCAUCGUGGAUCCCACCAAAGUUAUGCAAUCAGCCAUGACGGCCGCCGCCGGAAUUGCCUCCCUAUUGGCCACCACCGAGGUGCUCAUUACAAAUCAACCCACCAAGGUGAAGAUUCCCAAAAAUCAGGUUACCCGCGAUCUGGCUAAACUUGUGGGAAUGUAGUUGGGAUAGUGCAUUUUGACAACCUAGUAAAAAUAAAGCUCUAAAUUUUGUGUUGAAAAAUAAAA